AUGGAUCAAAUGAACCGCGUGUUCCACCCAUAUCUGGACAAGUUCUUCCUAGUCUUUAUAGACGACGUGCUCAUCUACUCGAAGAACGAGAAGGAACAAGAGGAGAAUUUGAGGGCCACCUUGGAGACUUUAAGAGCUGAAAAGCUCUAUGCUAAGUUUAGCAAAUGCAAGGCGAAUGUGGUAGCAGAUGCCUUGAGCAGAAAGACUGCACCCCAAGUUGCCACCUUUCUCACACAAAGUGAAGAGCUCAUCCGCGAGUUUACCAAGAUGCGACUGGAGAUAGUGAGAGCACCAGAGACGGUGGACAGUAGAAUUGCCACCUUGGUGAUAGAACCAGAUUUAAGGGCCAAGAUCAUUGAUGCUCAAAGAUGGGAUGAGGCAUUAAAGAAGGUUCGUUUGAAAGUGAGGACCGAGAAAGAAGUGAGUUACCGUGAAGAGGCAGACAACGCUCUCACUUUUGAAGGAAGACUGUGUGUACUAAAUGAUGAGGCACUCCGGAAUGAGAUCAUGAGUGUAACUCAUGAGACGCCUUACACUAUUCAUCCUGGAAAUACGAAAAUGUACCAGAACAUGAUGAAACAUUUCUGGUGGGAUGGCAUGAAAAGGAGCAUAGCGUUAUUUGUAGAAAGCUAUCAGGCAACCAAAAAUAUGGCUUUAUAUGAAGCACUUUAUGGAAAGAAAUGUAGAUCACCACUUCACUGGGAUGAAGUCGGUGAGAGAAGGAUUCUCGGACCGGACUCUGUGGAAGAGAUGAUAGGAAUUGUCAGACAGAUCCGAGAAAGAAUCAAGGAAGCUCAGGGCAGACAGAAAUCUUACGCAGAUGCUCGCAGAACCGAUCUACAGUUCAAGGCGGUAGACAAAGUUUUCCUAAAGUGUCUCCGUCAAAGGGGAUAA